UAAAAUAACGGUGACUGCCAAAACGACGCUGUUUAACCGGACCAAACACCAAAGAUGCGGAUUGAUCCAACUCUGAGAGAAGUUCCCUUCCGCCUGCCUACCAACCACGUCCUGUGCAAAGCUACUGUGAUAAACCAGAGCAAAUUGAGCAAAUUCUCUAUCUAAGAGUCGGCAUUGCGUUUGCUCAAGGAAAACAUGGACUCCACCGGCAACGUAUUGUUGGCUUCAUCGUCUACUGCGGUGGUGCAAAUGGGCGCUGGAGGAGUAGGAGGUAUGAGGAAGAAUCCGACGCUAAUUUGUGCUCCGAUUAUGGCGGAAUCCGUAGAUAAAAUGAUGAUCGAUUUUGGUAAAGCAAAAGUUAGUGGAGCUGAUGUUGUCGAAAUUCGAUUAGAUAGCUUAAAGACCUUCAAUCCUCCUGAUGACCUUAAAACCCUUAUAACACGCUCUCCUUUGCCCACUAUUUUCACUUACAGACCAAAAUGGGAGGGUGGUCAGUACGAAGGUGAUGAAAACAAGAGAUUGGAUGUACUUAGAUCAGCAAUGGAGUUGGGAGCUGAUUAUGUUGAUGUUGAGCUUCAGGUUGCACGUGAAUUCAAUGACUCCAUACUUGGAAGCAAACCGGCAAAGUGCAAAAUCAUUGUGUCUAAUCACAACUAUCACAACACUCCAUCAGUUGAGGAGCUUGGUAACCUCGUGGCAAGAAUACAAGCUGCUGGAGCUGAUAUAGUGAAGAUUGUGACAACUGCCUUGGAUAUUACAGAUGUUGCACGCAUUUUCCAAAUUACUGUCCAUUCUCAGGUUCCAAUCAUUGGACUGGUUAUGGGUGAAAGGGGUUUGAUUUCUCGGAUACUUUGUGCAAAAUUUGGAGGAUAUCUCACUUUUGGCACUCUAGAGUCUGGAAUUGUUUCAGCUCCUGGUCAACCAAUGAUCAAGGACCUCCUGGAUCUAUACAAUUUCAGACAAAUUGGGCCUGAUACUAAAGUAUAUGGCAUUAUUGGGAAGCCUGUUGGGCACAGCAAAUCACCUGUUUUAUACAAUGAAGCAUUCGAGUCAGUUGGUUUCAAUGGGGUGUAUGUGCAUUUGUUAGUGGAUGACCUUGCCAAUUUUCUCCGGACUUUCUCAUCCACAGAUUUUGCAGGAUUCAGCUGUACUAUUCCUCAUAAAGAGGCUGCUGUGAAGUGCUGUGACGAGGUCGAUCCUGUUGCAAAGUCAAUAGGAGCAGUUAAUUGCAUUAUAAGGAGACAAAGUGAUGGGAAGUUAUUUGGUUACAAUACAGACUAUGUUGGUGCUAUUUCUGCUAUUGAGGAGGGACUAAGAGUUUCACAAAAUAUUAGCAGUACAGCUGGCUCACCUUUGGCUGGUAAGCUGUUUGUGGUCGUUGGUGCUGGUGGCGCAGGGAAGGCACUUGCUUAUGGUGCACAAGAAAAGGGAGCAAGGGUGGUGAUUGCCAAUCGCACUUAUGAUCGAGCAAGAGAGCUUGCAGAGAUAGUUGGAGGAGAUGCUAUAUCUCUUGCUGAUUUGGAAAAUUUCCAUCCAGAGGAUGGCAUGAUUCUUGCAAACACAACAUCUAUCGGAAUGCAACCAAAAGUUGAUGAAACACCCGUUCCUAAGACUGCUUUGAGAUUCUACUCCCUGGUUUUUGAUGCGGUUUACACCCCUAAAAUUACCAGACUCCUAAGAGAAGCAGAAGAAUGUGGAGCCAUAACGGUUUCAGGGUUGGAAAUGUUUAUUGGGCAGGCAUACGAACAGUUUGAGAGAUUCACUGGUUUACCUGCACCCAAGGAACUCUUCCGGAAAAUUAUGUCGAAGUACUAACAGGGUGUUGUUGGUAAUCUUAUGGAUGCAACUGGUUUUCUUUUCUGUUCAAUUAAAAUUUUAUUUUUACUUCUUUUCUGGACAAUUUUUUCGAGGAUUAAAAAAAGGAAGUGUAAUUGCAGUUAAUUUGAAUAGCGACUUUCUGCAACUCAAUUCUUUUGCUUGUGGAAAUAGAAUAUAUUUAUUAAUGGUGAAAACUGUCAGAUACCUGUUAACAAAAAAA